AUGACCAAGGCAGAAGGCCAGCACUCAACAAAUCUAAGACCUAUUGUCCGUGAAAUUAACUCCUCAGAACUGAAGGAUGCAUUGUGGAUGACUACAGCUGCAUUCUGGAGUGAGCUGCAUUCCUUCCUACCCUGCUUAGGCGCAAGCGAUGAAAACCAGACCCGUGCCUUCCAUUCGCUGUAUCUUACUAAGUCAGUGGGCCAGUACCUACGGCAGGAUGGCUAUCAACUAAUCUCGCUAAGUUUUAGAAAGUCCAAGGUACUACGCGUGUGCUUAACUUCCCGCGCUGUUCCUUGGAGCCCAGGGGAGUUGUUGUUGUCCGGAACCGCGUACAGGACUCGUGGGGAGGAGCACGCCGCUCGCUGGCUUGGGCGGCCCGCACCGCUCCGCCGUUCGCGGGGGGCCGGCACCCCGCCUUCCUCGCCCACCGCGGCGGCCUGGGGAGCCCCGGCUGCGCGCUUGGCUCCGCACCGGGCACGGCGGGAGCCGCGGCUGCCCUUGGCCGCCGUUGUCAGCAGGUGGGCUGGCUGCGGCGCGGCGCUCCCCGGCGGGGCUGGCUCCUGUUCCCGCGGCACUGCCGGGCCGCCGCUGUCCCGCCCCGCCCGGCGGAUCGCGCUACUGUCGCCGCGUUCCUCGGCAGCGGCGGGGAAGGAGAGCCGUGGGGUCCCGGGGACUCCGCUCCAGGAGCGCGGUGCCGGGGAGGGGGCGAAGGGUCCGUCCGUCCCCCGGCCUGGGGUACCCCCGCGGGAGACCGGGAGACCGCCGCUGCCAGCGUGCGGGGCGCCACUGGCGAAGGCCGGGCGUGGGGUCUGCCAGCACCUUCCGGGGGCAGCGCGGGGGAAACCCGGAGGUGUUCCCGGAGAGCACCGGAAGCUCUCCCGCCCCUAG